AUGCGCGGAGUGCGAUUUUCGUGGAUACGGGCCUACCCCGUGAGGCCAGUAAAGGCUCAUUUUAAGAAAGAACACGCGACUCCCCGGGGCCGAGCGGGUCGCAGCACGGACGGAGCAAAUAACUCCAAUAAUAAUGUCAAUUAUGAUGGGUCCUCCGCGAAUGCGCGGGGCCGGCCGGCGGCGGGUUCCGCCCCGGGGUCGUCGGCGUCCGCCGGGGCGUCAUCGCGAGGUCGCCCGUCCGACUCGCGGCAACCCGGGUUGCGCUCCACGGCUCCGGCGCCAGGAACAACAGCAGCAACACCACCUGCAACAACAACAGCAUCCACACCCGCCACACCACCGGCGAGGACAUCCCCCUCGUACGCGGCCGUCACCGCAGCACCGGGGCCGUCGACGUGCGGAACAUCGUCGUCGGCGGCCACAACAGCAACAACAACAGCAGCGGUGACAGGUGGCACGGCCGCCAUCUUGGAUGGCGCCACGGCCGGCGCGCCGGCCGCCGCAACUACGGGCCUUAAGGCGCAUCCGCAACGUAAAGGCAGGCUUCCAUUGAAGCGCGGCGCAGCCAAUAGGAAGAGCUCGCCUCUCGCGUCAAGAGAGGCACGCGGAUCGCCUCGCAGACCAUCCGGCGAGGCGAAUGGACCAUUGAGGAGGACCUCCGUGACCUCGCCAACCAUCAUCAGCUCGGCGAGGUCCAGGUAUGAUCCGAGGAUACGGAGGUCCAGCGGCGUGCCUCUCGAGAAGAGCGGCGCGACCAGGUCGACGCGCAGGCCCCCCCUCCCAUCACCGGAGUCCGCCGACGAUACACCUACGUUCGGCGGGAGGGGGGCGAGAGGAGAAGGUCGCCCGAGAGGACCCCGCCAAACAUCAUCCGGGCGGGGCCUCGCACCAGGACUCGGGCGAGCGCAUCGGCCGCGAAGUGCGCAACGGAGGCGAGGGCACAGGCCAGACCAUCGGCCAAUAGCGCAUCGCGGGGGCCCCGAAGAGCAUUGGAAAAGAAGAGGAGAAGCCCAGGGGCCCAGCCGGCAUCCACCACCCGAAGAGCCGGCACCGCGGUGCGCGACUUGA